UAGAUGCCGUCAUCCCAAUAAAUAACAUGUAAGCAACAUUUUAAUAUUGAAGACAUGAGCUGCUGCUUAGUUUAGCAUGACUUACCCUUGAGAUUUUUUGCAAGAGGUGUUAGUUGUGUCUUUUCGGUUGAGGAGACUGCAUUGAAAUGUGAACGAAAAGACAUCGAAAAGUCAGCAGAGACUGGGCUGAUUCUGGAAACUGUAACCAAGAGGCGGUGUCCUCCAUUUCCAAACUCUCAAAUGUAAAUAUUAAAAGUUGACUCACAGAGUCUUCAUCUGCAUUUGGAUCUCUACUUUUCAAGUUAACCAUGGCUCAGGAGGAAGAGGAAGAGCUGACAGUCGAUGGACCAAAGGAGGUGGACAUGUUUACAUCAGUGCGUUGCCUGGGCUACCUGUCCAGCAUCAACCUCCUUGUGGCGGUAUGCGUCGGCAUGUACGUACGCUGGGAGGUGACGGAUGAGCCAAUGAUCCUGGUCAUCUUCAUCCUGGGUCUCUUCGUCCUGGGGAUAGCAAGCAUCCUGCAUUACUACUUUGCCAUGGAGAAAGCCAGCCUCAGCUUGUUCCAUUUGUGGUUUGGCUUUUUGAUCGGCCUUCUUUGCUUCCUCAACAGCCCUGCCUUGGACUCAAAUGUCAAGGAACUGGUUGCCAACUAUCUCCUCUUAGCCAGUGUAAUCAUGAAAACAGUAUGGGCUUUUACUGAGCGAAUAUGCAGCUCGGUUCGAUACAAACCCAUGAUGCUAACAUCAGCUGAGUUCCUGGAGCUCCUAGGAUUUGGCAUUGCCAGUACUAUGAUGCAUCUUGAAAAAUCAGUGGCCAUAAUAGGCUUGGUAGUGGCCUUGGGGGCUCUCAUUGUGGACCUGAGGAUGAAAUCUCUCCUGGCUUUACCCAACCUGGUCAGUUUUGCUUUGGUUACAUCCCUGGUGUUUUUUCAAGCCUUGAAUAUCACAGCCAACCCGUAUGCUUUGGGAUGCUACCUGGGCAGGCUGCUGUGUGAGCCCGUGUUGGAUGUCUACUUCAGUGGGCUGGGUUCCAGUGAGCGUUGGAUACCAAUGCUCUCCAUGGGGAAGGUGUGGAGGAGGCUGUCCCUGCUUCCUCUCUGCCUGAUGGAGCUGACCUUCUUUGUCAUGGCUGCCUUAAAGCUUGGCCACUUGGAGCUGUGGUAUCUGGUGAUCCCAGGCUUCUGCUUGUUUGGCAUUUUCUGGUCCAUCUGCCACAUUAUCCUGCUCAUCACAAUAUGGGGCUUCCACACCAAACUGAAUGAGUGUCAGAAGGCCUGGAGGGCUCAGCGGUCCGGCAGCCGGAGCCUCAACCAAGUCAUGGCCUCGAGGGGAAUCCGGCACUUCUGCCUGAUUUCGGAACGCCUGGUGUUCUUCAGUAUGCUGUCGACGGUCGUACUGGGAGCUGUGUCCUGGCAGCCCGGCAACGGUCUCUUUCUGAGUGCCCUGCUGGUGGUGCUGCCUCUGGAGUCCCUGACACACGGCUUGUUCCACGAGUUGGGCAGCUGCCUGGGGGGAACCUGUGUAGGAUACGCCCUCGUCAUACCAACAGCUUAUUGCAGCCCUGAUGGUCAACCCACCCUCCUACCACCUGAGCAUGUCCAGCAGCUGAACCUGCGCUCCACAGGAAUGCUGAACAACGUGCAGCGCCUCUUUUCACACCACAUGAUCCAAACAUUUGGCUGCGACUAUUCUACCAGUGGUUACACACUGGAGGCCUUGCUGACGAAGCUGCGGAGCUUCCUGGAGCUGCGAACAGAAGACGGGCCCCGCCAUGACACCUAUCUGGUUUUCUACAGUGGACACACACACAAAGGCACGGGGGCAUGGGCUCUGACAGGAGGGGAGAGCCUCCACCUGGCCCAGCUGCUGGAUCUCUGGAAGGAGAAAAACGCCGGCCAUUACUCCCGCCUCAUCCUCAUCCUGGACACAGAGAACUCCCUCCCUUGGGUGAAGGAGAUCCGCAGGGUGGAGGGGGUCUAUGUCGCCGUGCAGGGUGCCGAGCUGGCCGUCACCAGGGUGGACCCGGAGGCUGGAGACCUCCCUUAUCUCGGGGACUUCACCCACGAAUGGGUUGAGUUCAACUGCAACCCAGACAUCGAUACCCAGUGGUCGGAAAAGGGACGGACAGUCACUGCUUUGUAUGGGGUUUCAAAACGCUGGAGCGACUACACUCUUCACCUGCCCACAGGGAGUGAUGUGGCCAAGCACUGGAAGACCCACUUCCCUAAGGCGACAUAUCCCAUGGUGCACCUCUCCAACUGGUGCUGCGGCCUUAACCUGUUCUGGUUCUGCAGCGUGUGCUUACGCUGCUUCAGGAGGUGUAAACUAGCUUGGUUUCCACCCGCUGUACUGGACACUGGGCUGGGCAUCAAACUGGUGCACUCUUAGAAAGAAGAAAGAAGGAAGGAACAUUUUGAUUUAGUUAAUGUGUUUUCACAGGAGGGUACAAGGUGUUUAGGGAGAGGAAAAACAAUUGCAGAUACUUAGCAGACUGGAUUUCCCCUAUGAGUGUGGGACCUUUUGUCAAAGAGGCUGUUCGGCCAAAAAAUCGAUUGGUUUUUUCAAGUAGGACCAAGUGCAAAGACAAAAAAUGAUUGUAUUUAUAUGUUUAUAUAUUGGGCAUGUGUGCUAUUAUUUUGAACAAUUGCAUUAUCAUCUAUUGAUUCUUUUUCUAUUAACCUAGUGCCUUAUAAAUGGAGUUGGGGGCUAUCUGUAACACAAAAAAAAAAAGCCAAAUUUCUUAUGUAAUAUAUUUCAAUAUGCAUCCUCGCCUUGCCUCUUAUUUAUAUUCCAAGGAGUUAGCGAACACUCUUAACUUACACUGUGGGCAGGGAGCGGGCUCAGUAUUUUUUUAAGAGCCUUUUAACAAUAUCGACAAAAUGACUGUUGUGGGGCUGAACUCAGUGGUCUUCUGGGUAUGCAGAGUCUUGCCAAAAUGCCAGCCUGCCGCUCUAGCCUAGGGAUCUUUCCUUAUUGAAUUCAUACAGUUAGGAUGCUUUUAUUUCUGAUCUGAACAAAAAAAAAACACAUCCGCUGAAGGACAGCAUCGUGCCCCAUAUGGGUUUGUAAUGCAAUUAUUUCAAGUUAAGGAAGUUCUUUGCUGUACACAAAUACAGCACUGUAAAGUUUAAUAGCUGUACCCCUGGUCAUAUUUUGAAGAAGUUACUUGUAAUUCAAUAAGUGCUAUACUUUUUAUCAUCGUAGCAGCCAUAGGAACCUGUAUUGUAGAUUUUUUUACUUCCUCCUUUAUGGGCUCUCCCUCCCACUCAAAACUCUGGAUGGACUGUUGCCUUAAAGUUUGUGUUUUACUUUAAUGUUUCCGAGAGGUCAAAGUGGCUUUUUUUUUCCCACGUGUAUUUCCCCAUGUGCCUCGCUUCAGUUAUGGCUGAAAAUGUCAGAUUAAACAUGGAUAAUAACCUGA